AUGGACAAGCGGGCACAAAGCCAGUCAUUGAAAGGCUAUUCCCAUGAGUCCAGACGCCCAGCCGUGAUUGCAGCACUGCGCCUGCUGGCCUAUAGCAUCUCUAUGAUGGUCUUCGGGAUGAUCUGCAGUGCGCUUGGCCCAUCGAUUCCAUGGCUUGCAGAGAACGCGGAGGUCUCACCCGAGACCCUGGGCUAUUUGCCAGCGGCACAAUCGGUGAUGUGCAUCCUGUCCGGCUUGGCCUCCAGCAUGAUGGCGCCUGGGCUUCUCCGUCGAUGA